AUGAGCGCGUUGACAUCCGCUACGGCGUUCUCGCCAUCACUGGAGGCCGUCAGGUUGGCUGCCAGCAUGUACAAUGCAGCCCGCGAAGGCAACAAGGCUGUCAUUGAGGAAGGUAUCCUCGAUGGGCUGCCGCCGAACCUGACGAAUGAGAAGGGAGAUACAUUGCUGAUGUUGGCUGCGUACUACGGUCAUGCGGACGUGGUCAAGCUCCUGAUCCAGCAUGGAGCUGACCCCAACAGACUGAAUGACAAGCGUCAAAGUCCCAUCGCGGGCGCUGUCUUCAAGGGCCUGGAUGCAGUCCUCCUGGAGGGUGGUGCUGACCCAGAAUAUGGCAAGCCAUCAGCGAUCCAGUGCCUCACAAUGUUCAACCAAGAGGGUAAGUGGAAGGACAAGUUCGAGAACGCACCAGGAAGAGGAAAGGCAAAGGCAGUGCCUCAAGAUCAGGCGGAGGAGAGGGCCCCCGAGAAGUUCAAAGCAUGA